AUGCCCUCACUAUUCCCGGCAUGGCUCUGGUGCCUUAGCCUGCUCACCCUGGAGACACACACCCUGGCCCUUCCGCGGCCAGCCCGGACACAGCCUCACAGGUACGGCCACUUCACACUAUGACUGUGACUGAUAUAACAUCGUUUUGCAACAAACCUCUAGACUACUGUAGUAAAUCGGACAAAUUACAGUGUGCUAGUCCUAGGUUUUAGGAUGUGAGGGUGCAAGGCAAAAUAAUGUGUCAUUACAACAUUAUUAUUAUUUUGAAGGAUGGAGAUCAAGCAGUCCAUAUUGAAACAUAUUUAAGAAGUGACAGUAUGAACUAAUGAUAUUGAUCAAGACAGAGCUGUGGGCCAAUCUCUGUGUUCACUGUUUGGUUCAUCAUGUCUGUCUUUGCGAUGUGUGUGUCUGCUUCAGUGUGUUAUGUGGAAGAAGGGAGAGAUGGAAGCUAAAUUAGACCCCCCCCCCCCACCCCCCCACCCCACACACACACACACACCAUCUUCUUUCUCUUACACACACACACAUCCUGCCCCUGACCUCUCUCUCCCUGUCUGGCCAUUUCAGUGGCAGUAAGUUAUGUGUGAAAAGGUUACAACAACAGAAUUAGGUAAUUCCUCUAAAAGCCCCCAGAAGACUGACCCUGUAUAAUGAAAGAGAGGGAGGUGGAGGGCUGUGUGUGUGUGUGUGUGUUUGUUUCCAGUGUGAUUUAAUAAGGAUUGGGAACACUGAUACACAAUAUUAACAUCUCAGUUUGUGAGGGAGGGCAAUGUGUGGCUCAGUGUUGUGUGUACAGUUGUGUGUGUGUGUGUGUGUGUGUGUUUACAGUAGGAAGUAAAUUGUUUUAUCGGAGACCGACUGCAGUGACCAGUAUCUCUCUGGAAGCUGUGUUGUGAAUGCUAACUAAUGAAGCAGGUGCUAGUUAUGGUAUCUUACCACAGUGUUUCUCAACUCCAGUCCUCCACCCAACAUUACACAUUUUUAUUAUAACCCAUUGUGUGUGUGCAUGUGGUGGGGGUCUUACAGUGAUAAAGGUGUGUGGCUCAGUUAGUAGAGCAUGGUGCUUUCAACGCCAAGGUUGUUGGUUCGAUACCCACGGGGGACCAGUACAAUUCCCAUGGGGAGCCAAUCGCUCUGGAUAAGAGCAUCUGCUAAAUGACUAAAAUGUAAAAUAAAUGAGACGUAAAGAGUUGAGAAGGACAGAGAGGAGAAAACGGAGGCUCACUCCGGGGAAGUAGUGUUUCUCUUGUCUGAAGUGGUUGUGAGAAGGGUGGUGGGGGGUUGGUGUGUGAAGGAUGGUUGGAGGUUGGUGUGUACUUCUCUUUGGUUCAGGGCUCAUGCUGGGCUCUAACCUGGGAGGAAUGCAAGAGUAGCUCUUCAUUCACACGGACGGACGGACGGACGUACGUACGUACGUACGCGCGCGCGCACACACACACACACACACACACACACACACACACACACACACACACACACACACACACACACACACACACACACACACACACACACACACACACACACACACACACACACACACACACACACACACACCCACACACCCUCUGUGUUCAGAGGUAGUGAUCAGGUACAGUAGUCUGAUGCUAGAAUCAGUAUUUCUGCAGACGUUAUCCUUUGAUCAGACAAAGUAGCUGUUUCUCAUUCUCUCCACCCAGGCUUUAUCUUUAUUUCCACACCAGUCAAUCGUUGUUAGUCACAUAGAGGGGGCCGUCACCACCUCUCUCUCUCAAUUAAAUUUAAUCAUCUCUCUCUCGCUCGCUCUCUCGCCAAAGCAAGUGAAAUAGAUAAUAAACAAAGUCAAAUAGAUAAUAAACAUAAGUAAAAUAAACAAUCAGUAAUUAACAUUAAACAUUACACUCACAAACGUUUCAAAAUAAUAGAGACAGUUCAGAUGUUAUAUUAUGGCUUUGUACAGUGUUGUAACAAUGUGCACAUAGUUGAAGUACACAAUAAACAUAAAUAUGGGUUGUAUUUACAAUGGUGUUUGUACAUCACUGGUUGCCAUUUUCUUGUGGCAACAGGUCAAAAAUAUUGCUGCUGUGAUAGCACACUGUGGUAUUUCACCUAAUAGAUAUGAGAGUUUAUCAAAAUUGGAUUUGUUUUCAAAUUCUUUGUGGAUCUGUGUAAUCUGAGGGAAAUAUAUGUCACACACACACACAGAGAGAAGUAGCGUGUGGUGGUUGGUCAGUGGCCUACAUUUUGGUGCCAAAAGCCUUUUCUUCUGGAGAUGACCUUGUUCUGACACGAUCUCCAGGUGGUCCUGGCACUCCAAACCAACAGAGAGAGGUGUGUGUGUCUGUGUGUGUCUAAAUGCUGCAAAGAGCAUAAGAAAACACUAUAACUGCCAGGAAGUCAGGUGUAGAGUGCACGUGUUUGUCCUACUAACGCACCACUAACGUUUAACAUUUCACUGACGUCCAGAGGGACUGUAAACAGAGAGAAUGUGUGUGUGUGUCUCUGUGACCGUUGACCUGUGUGGUUUAAUAUGGCAGCCAUUUUCCACGGGGUCAUGAUGUCCCUUCAGAGAGGAAUGAAUACCACACUGGAUUACUGGAUAUAAAAGACUUAGGACUGCAUACCAGCCUAAAUUACUUCACAUACACUAUAGUUUGGGCGGAUCGUGUUGAAAAUUGUUUGAGCUCAUACCUAAAGCUUGUGUUUCUAGAGUUUGACAGUAAAACUAAACAAUAACAGUGAAAACUGUUUAGGCUACUCCAUUUUCUCAACUAAUGCCAUAAAAUAACAGCUACAGUACACAUGCAAAUGGCAUAGAGAGUAAUUAGAACAUGGACUGUUCGUAAUCCCUUCAUGAGCUGAAAUAGCUUAUGCACACUUGUCACAUUAGAAAGACGCCAUCUGUAGGAAGACAAUUGAGGAAUGGAAGGGUGCUAACUAGGUAAGGUUGGCUAGCCCAUCGUACAGUGGAAUCACCUGCUCUGAGACCUGAAUUAGUGUCAUCUUCAUCCAACCAAGACAUGCUAAAACCUAGCAUAGUUUCUGAGGAGACGCUGAUUGGACCAUUUACUUUCUGCAGUAUUCAAAAUGGCCUUCUAUUGGAGGAAAGCCAGACUGAAUCAGUGAAGUGAAAUAGAAAAGAAACGGGGAGACAUUCACUUUAGAUUCCAGGCUAGGUCUCUUUGACAUACAGUGCCUUGCAAAAGUAUUCAUCCCCCUUGGCGUUUUUCCUAUUUUGUUGCAUUACAACCUGUAAUUUAAAUUGAUUUUUAUUUUGUAUUUCAUGUAAUGGACAUACACGAAAUAGUCAAAAUUGCUGAAGUAAAAUGAUAAAAAUAACUUGUUUCAAAAAAUUCUAUAAAAUAAAUAACGGAAAAGUGGUGUGUGCAUAUGUAUUCACCCCCUUUGCUAUGAAGCUCCUAAAUAAGAUCUGGUGCAACCAAUUACUUCUGAUGUUUGGUUUCAUGUCUGUCAAACUACUGUCUCCUGUAUAAUAUGAAAUUAUAAUGAUUUAGAAGAAGUCACAUAAUUAGUUAAAUAAAGUCCACCUGUGUGCAAUCUAAGUGUCACAUGAUCUGUCACAUGACCUCAGUAUAUAUACACCUGUUCUGAAAGGCCCCAAAGUCUGCAACACCACUAAGCAAGGGGCACCACCAAGCAAGUGGCACCAUGAAGACCAAGGAGCUCUCCAAACAUGCUUAUAAUUUAAGAUAGAAAAUAAUUUAAGAUAAGAUAAAAAAGCUGCAAAGCUCCACAGCAGAGAUUGGAGUAUCUGUCCAUAGGACCACUUUAAGCCAUACACUCCACAGAGCUGGGCUUUACGGAAGAGUGGCCAGAAGAAAAGCCAUUGCUUAAAGAAAAAAAUAAGCAAACACGUUUGGUGUUCGCCAAAAGGCAUGUGGGAGACUCCCCAAACAUAUGGAAAAAGGUACUCUGGUCAGAUGAGACUAAAAUUGAGCUUUUUGGCCAUCAAGGAAAACGCUAUGUCUGGCGCAAACCCAACACCUCUCAUCACCCCGAGAACACCAUCCCCACAGUGAAGCGUGGUGGCAGCAUCAUGCUGUGGGGAUGUUUUUAAUCGGCAGGGACUGGGAAACUGGUCAGAAUUGAAGGAAUGAUGGAUGGCGCUAAAUACAGGGAAAUUCUGUUUCAUUCUUCCAGAGAUUUGAGACUGGGACGGAGGUUCACCUUCCAGCAGGACAAUGACACUAAGCAUACUGCUAAAGCAACACUCAAAUGGUUUAAAGGGAAACAUUUAAAUGUCUUGGAAUGACCUAGUCAAAGCCCAGACCUCAAUCCAAUUGAAAAUCUGUGGUAUGACUUAAAGAUUGCUGUAACCCAGCGGAACCCAUCCAACUUGAAGGAGCUGGAGCAGUUUUGCCUUGAAGCAAAAAUCCCAGUGGCUAGAUGUGCCAAGCUUAUAGAGACAUACCCCAAGAGACUUCCAUCUGUAAUUGCUGCAAAAGGUGGCUCUACAAAGUAUUCACUUUGGAGGGGUGAAUAGUUAUGCACGCUCAAGUUUUCUGUUUUUCUGUCUUAUUUCUUGUUUGUUUCACAAUAAAAAACAUUUUGCAUCUUCAAAGUGGCAGGCAUGUUGUGUAAAUCAAAUGAUACAAACCCCCAAGAAAUCCAUAUUAAUUCCAGGUUGUAAGUCAACAAAAUAGGAAAAAUGCCAAGGGGGGUGAAUACUUUCACAAGCCACUGUAGGACUAAACUUUUAUGUUACCAGUCAGAGUUGCUUUUACUUUUGUUUGGCAUGCGUGCGCAAGAGUGUGUGUGUGUGUGUGUGUGUGUGUUUGUGUAGGCUGAAUUUACAGUGGUUGUCAGAUAAAAGAGAUGAAUGAGACUCUGAAGCAGUCUCCUGUCAUUAACGCACACACUCACAGGCCAUUACCCAUUUAUGACAAAUAUUUUUUAGUGUGUGAAAGGGUUCAGGUAACAUAAACACUAAUGUUGCAACAUGCCACGUGGUCCACGCACGCACUUACACACACAGGCUGACAGAUGGAUAGACACAGAAAAUGACUAUUUUAGCAGUACAGUCAGAGUGAAUUAUAUCAUGACAUUUGGAGGGGCCUCUAUUUUUUUCACGGGACCUCAUAUGUGUGCACGUGCACACAUUUUUUUUAUGGGCCUAAUAAAAACGGUAAUUUAACUGUGAAAAUGUAUUACCUUUUAAUGUGGCAUGAACACAACCAGUCAUGAUGUUUUCACGUGAUUGUCAAACAAAUCACUUUAAAAAGUAGGCUACCUGUGCACAUUCGUCCACUGCAAAAUAAUUCCAGCAUCCAAACAGUGUCACGGAUGCCGCCGAGGCUGCUCCUCCUCCUUGCUCGGGCAGGCUUCGGCGUUCGUCGUCCCCGGAGUACUAGCUACUACCGCUUGAUGUUUUCGAUGUUUGUUUUGUCAUGUCUAGUUGGUGCACCUGUUUCGUAUUCUGUAUUGAUUAUGUCACCUAUAAGUUCCCCUGUGUUAUGUUUGCAUUUUGUGUGUUAUUGUCCGCUUGUCUUGAAUGUAUUGGUCGGUACCUUGGCUAUUCGUGUUGUUUUACGCACCCCGCGUAUCUAUUCGCCUCUAGUGUUUUGAGGCCGUUUAUUUUGUGUGCAUAUAGAGCUUAUUAGUAAAGUCGUCUUGACUUAUCCUCUGUGUCCUGCGCUUGACUUCACCACCGCAUCCACAUCAGCACUCUUGACAAACAGUGCACUGUGCACCUGCCGUUUGAUGAAUGGAAAGAGACAUCUGUUACAAAACACCAUACAGUGUAAUGACAUUCAACGAUUGUCAUUAGGCCUACACUCUUGUAGCCUGAAUUAAUUGAUGUGUCUUUUUCGUAAAAAUUCAGGACACAUGAAAAGUGGCUGAAAUACGGUUUAAACCAUGACAGAGCGGUGGGGGUGUUUGUUUAAUUUAGAAUAAGAUUUUAUUUUAAUAUUUACCACUGUAGCAGUACAAAAUUGCAUUUAAAUCAAAUGGUUAAAUUAGCACUAUUUAGAGACCCCAACCCAAAGUUUGACUUUUGUUGCCUUUAUGGGAGCUCAUGGCUCAUUCGGGGUAAUUGGUGCACUGAGUACAGCGUGUGGGUGGGUGGGUGGGUGGCGGGCUGUCUGUGAGUGUGUCUGUGUGUGUGUGUCUGUGAGUGUGUGUGUGUGUGUGUGUGUCUGUGAGUGUGUGUCUGUGAGUGUGUCUGUGUGUGUGUGUCUGUGAAUGUGUGUCUGUGAGUGUGUGUGUGUGUGUGUGUUGCGUAAUCGCUCAGGCAGGUCACCCAACUCAUCAGACAGCCUCUUACUGCCACUCAGACUGCCGGAUAAAGGAGGGAGGGAAUGAAGAGAAAGAGUGGGGUGAAAACGAGGGGAGAGGCCAUUGUAGUAGAGCGAGAGACAAGAAAGGAGGGGAGGGAGGGGCCUAAGUAUAAAAGAUGAAGCAUUAAAAUAGAGAAGAGGAAUAGAGCCUCUUGACUGAGUAGGUCUCAGGAAGUCUCUCCCUCUCCUCUUUCUCACUCUCUCUCUGGUGUAUGCUGUUUAGAAAUCUCUUAAGAAAAAUAAACAGGUGUUGUUGAUUAACUGAAAAUACAUUACUAAUCAUAUGAGACUGCAAUCAUUGACUGAAUCCCUAGAAAUGUUUCGUAAGGCUUUAACUUAAAUAUAGAAACAUUAAUAAGCAUGACUGUCAUUUCUGUAUGAGUUGUAUAACUGGACAUUUUCCCCCUAUACAGUUGGUCGGAAGUUUACAUACACCUUAGCCAAAUACAUUUAAACUAAUUUUUUCACAAUUCCUGACAUUUUAUCCUGCUAAGAAUUCCCUGUCUUAGGUGAGUUAGGAUCAUCACUUUAUUUUAAGAAUGUGAAAUGUCAGAAUAAUAGUAGAGAGAAUUAUUUAUUUCAGCUUUUAUUUCUUUCAUCACAUUCCCAGUGGGUCAGAAGUUUACAUACACUCAAUUAGUAUUUGGUAGCAUUGCCUUUAAAUUGUUUAACUUGGGUCAAACAUUUCAGGUAACCUUCCACAAGCUUCCCACAAUAAGUUGGGUGAAUUUUGGCCCAUUCCUCCUGACAGAGCUGGUGUAACUGAGUCAGGUUUGUAGGCCUCCUUGCUCACACACGUUAUUUCAGUUCUGCCCACACAUUUUCUAUAGGAUUGAGGUCAGGGCUUUGUGAUGGCCACUCCAAUACCUUGACUUUGUUGUCCUUAAGCCAUUUUGCCACAACUUUGGAAGUAUGCUUGGGGUCAUUGUCCAUUUGGAAGACCCAUUUGCGACCAAGCUUUAACUUCCUGACUGAUGUCUUGAGAUGUUGCUUCAAUAUAUCCACAUAAUUUUCCUUCCUCAUGAUGCCAUCUGUUUUGUGAAGUGCACCAGUCCCUCCUGCAGCAAAGCACCCCCAUGAUGCUGCCACCCCCGUGCUUCACGGUUGGGAUGUUGUUCUUCGGCUUGCAAGCGACCCCCUUUUUCCUCCAAACAUAAAGAUGGUCAUUAUGGCCAAACAGUUCUAUUUUUGUUUCAUCAGACCAGAGGACAUUUCUCCAAAAAGUACGAUCUUUGUCCCUAUCGGCAGUUGCAAACCGUAGUCUGGCUUUUUAAUGGCGGUUUUGUACAGAUGAACGUGGUACCUUCAGGCGUUUGGAAAUUGCUCCCAAGGAUGAACCAGACUUGUGGAGGUCUACACAUUUUUUUCUGAGGCCUUGGCUGAUUUCUUUUGAUUUUCCCAUGAUGUCAAGCAAAGAGGCACUGAGUUUGAAGGUAGGCCUUGAAAUAUAUCCACAGGUACACCUCCUUUUUUUUUUGUCAUUUAGCAGACGCUCUUAUCCAGAGCGACUUACAGUUAGCAUAAAUUUUUUCAUACUGGCCCCCCGUGGGAAUCGAACCCACAACUCUGGCGUUGCAAACGCCAUGCUCUACCAACUGAGCUAGAAGGGGCAAAUUGACUCAAAUGAUGUCAAUUAGCCUAUCAGAAGCUUCUAAAGCCAUGACAUAAUUUUCUGGAAUUUUCCAAGCUGUUUAAAGGCACAGUCAACUUAGUGUAUGUAAACUUCUGACCCACUAGAAUUGUGAUACAGUGAAUUAUAAGUGAAAUAAUCUGUCUGUAAACAAUUGUUGGAAAAAGUACUUGUGUCAUGCACAAAGUAGAUGUCCUAACCGACUUGCCAAAACUAUAGUUUGUUAACAAGAAAUGUGUGGAGUGGUUGAAAAACAAGUUUUAAUGACUCCAACCUAAGUGUAUGUAAACUUCCGACUUCAACUGUAUAUUAAAAAAGCCAAGUUAAUUUGUGUCUGAAAUAUGAGGUUCUUGCACAGCAUAUUUCUGGAGCGAGGUCUUUCGCUCUCUCCCUCUCUCAGCUCUCCUUAGGUCACCUGUUCCGAGUGUCUCUGUGAAACAUUCCUCCUCGUCUCAAUGCUCAAAUUACACUCAGAAAUCCAAGUAGUAAUUGCUGUACCUGACUGCUGUACCUGACUGGGGUGUGUGUGUUUGUGUGUGUGUGCAUGUUUUUGCAGCAUGUAUCUGACUGUCUCUCUCGUUCUCUCUUAGGUUUGUAUUAUCCAGAACCUCCUGGACACCUGAGUCAUCUUCAUCUCUCACCAUGGCGACGGUUGUCAGCCCGACUGUUGCUCUGGACGACAGCGUCGCCCUUAGAAACAGAUGGACCGUCUGGAGGGCCUUGCUCCAUAAAGGACCCCCGAGGCAGUCUAACCUAAUGCCUGACCAUGAAGGCCCAUUGGCCAGGCCGUCCAGUCCACUUCCUGACCAGAACUACCACCUCUCCAGAGAGGGGACGUCACGGGGUCGCCGUCAUGCCAACGGUAGCGGUGGGCGUGGCCAGGGUCAGCUGAUGAGGGUGGGGUGUGUCCUGGGAACCUGUCAAGUUCAGAACCUCAGUCACCGACUCUACCAGCUGAUUGGACAGAGUGGGAGACAAGACUCCUCCCCUAUCAACCCCCGUAGCCCACACAGCUACGGAUGA